CUCGAGCUGGCUCUCCGCAAAUUUGGCUGCGUAGGGCUGCCCAGACAAGAGUAAGAAUGGGCAAAGGAGCCCACGGCGGGCAUCGGGGCGGCGGCCACCGCGGCGGCUUCCAUGGGGGCGGCGUGCGCCGGGCGCCUGUUAGAGGAGCAGGCUGGGGUUUGGGUGGAUUUUUCGCGCCGCGGCGCCCGCUCGCCACCGCUGUUGGAUUGACCGCUGGAGCCGUCAUCCUCGCCAGCCGCACGCGGCCGGCGCGCUACCACCGCUACGGGCGGCCCGUCGUCGUCGUGGCGCCGCCGCAGGGUGUGGUACUACAGCAGAAUGAAAGAAUGGUCCAGGUCGAGCGCCCGCAGGGCGUGCCCGCCGGCACGAGCAUCGAGGUCGACAUCGACGGGGGGCAGUACUACGUGACCGUGCCCGAGGGCGUGCCUGAGGGCGGCCAGUUCCUCGCGAAGGUGCCGGUCGUGGCCCAGGUCGCGGCGCCGGUGGCCCAGGUCGCGCAGCCCGCGCCCGUCGCGCAGGCGCCGCCGCCCGCCUACGGCGCCGCACCUCUACCGCCGGGCUGGGAAGAAAAAAAGACGCCCGACGGCAAGCCCUACUACGUCGACCACAACACGAAGACGACGCACUGGGAGCGGCCCCAGGCGCCGGCCGCGCCGCCGGCUUACGGCGCGUCGUUCUAGAAUGAACUCCCCCGCGCCUAAGACUGCUGCUUUCGUGUUUUA